CUGUGUUGUGCUGAGGCUGAGCUGAAUGAGAUUGAAGAAGAGUUCUUCUUGUUUUGUAGCUUCAGUUUCUCUGUUUUUACUCGUUUAUUUUUUACUCCAACAGCAGAACAAAGUGCGGUUCUGCGGGCAGGAGGCGGCCGGACUCUCGCUCAGCUGUGGCUCCACCGUAGAUCGGCUGCUGGGAGGAAAAUAUUUAAUUAAUCUGGAGGAGGACUGCUGCUGAGGCAGCCAAGAGGGGUGGAGUCCAGUCCCACAGCCAGGUGGCUCUGCUGACGUGAGGAUUCGCAGCAGAUGUCUGGUUGGUGUAUCAAUUCCUAAUAAAUCCAGCAGUCAGUUUCCUGUUUGGCCUGUGAGCUGUUGAUGGCCCUGCACGGCGAGAACGGCGCAGACCUUAAUGCCUUUCCUCUUGUUUCCAGCGGCACUUUAAUGCUUCAGUUGGAUGGUUUUCCUACUGGAGAAGGUGUUCAGGCUGAUCGAACGGCUGGCAGACUGACUGGAUCCAUGAUGGAGCUACAGACGUUACAGGAGGCUCUGAAGGUGGAGAUCCAGAUCCAUCAGAAACUGGUGGCUCAGAUGAAGCAGGACCCGCAGAAUGCAGAUCUGAAGAAGCAGCUCCACGAACUCCAAGCAAAGAUCACAGCGCUCAGCGAGAAGCAGAAAAAGGUGGUGGAGCAGCUGAGGAAGGAGCUGCUGGUGAAGCAGGAACCAGAGGCCAAGCUGCAGCUGCAGGUCCAAGCUGCUCCAAUAGGGGGCGACCUGAAGCCGACCAACCUGCUGCAGAGCCAGCAGCUGCCUGGGGGGCUGCAGCAGACGUUGACGGUCACGCCGGUCCUCACCGCGAAGACGCUGCUGCUCAAAGCCGCCGCCACGCCCGCCCUGCCCGGCGCCAUCCUGUCGCAGCGCCCGCCCACCGUCGCUAUGGUAACCACAGCUAUCACCAAAUCGGACUCGCAGAGCGUCCCCAUCAACCUGCAGGUGGCCAGCAGGCUGACCGGUCAGAGCUCGGAGCCCGUGCGGCUGGUCUCCAAGAACGCCGUGGUGCUGCAGGCCGCCACCACCGCCUCGUCCGCCCAGCCAAUCAAAGUUCCUCAGUUUGUCGCUCCUCCUAGACUGACGCCUCGGCCCACCUUUCAGCCACAGGUCAGACCGAGGCUGGCCACGCCCACCAACGUCCCCAUCGCCCCGGCCCCGCCGCCGCCCAUGAUGGCAGCGCCCCAGCUGCUCCAGAGGCCCGUCAUGUUGGCCACCAAGCUGGCCACCUCGCUGCCCUCGGCCGCUCCUAUCCACCAGGUCCGCAUCGUCAACGGGCAGCCGUGUGGCAAGACGGGCGGCGCCCCUCUGACUGGCAUCGUCAUCACCACGCCCGUCGCUGCCACACCCACACGGCUGGCGAGUCCCGCCCAGGCGCUAACCAACCCGGCCCCUCUCCCUGCUCCCCCGGCUCCAGCGCCGCCCAUCCAGAUCAGCAGCCUGAUCCCUGAGCCCAAGCAGACUGUUAAACUGGAAGCAUCGGAACCGAAAGCUGUGGUCAGCCUGCCGUCCUCCUCCACCCCGCCGCUGUCUCCACCCCCCAGACCCAAAAAGGAGGAGAACCCAGAGAAACUGGCGUUCAUGGUGUCUCUGGGCCUCGUCACACACGACCACCUGGAAGAGAUCCAAAGCAAACGGCAGGAGAGGAAGAGGAGAACGACAGCAAACCCAGUGUACAGCGGAGCCGUGUUCGAGCCGGAGAGGAAAAAGAGCGCAGUGAGUUACCUGAACAGCCCUCUGCACCAGGGAACCCGGAAGAGAGGUCGCCCACCCAAAUUCAGCAGCGUCCCGGAGCUGGGCAGCCUCACCCCGACCUCCCCCUCCAGCCCCGUCCGCCCCCUCCCCCUGCCCAGCCCCGGCUCGGGGGACGGAGACAUCCACGAGGAUUUCUGCACUGUGUGCAGACGCAGUGGCCAGUUGCUCAUGUGCGACACGUGUUCUCGUGUUUAUCACCUGGACUGCCUGGAUCCACCCCUGAAAACCAUUCCUAAAGGCAUGUGGAUCUGUCCAAAAUGCCAAGACCAGAUCCUGAAAAAAGAAGAAGCCAUUCCUUGGCCCGGCACCCUGGCUAUCGUUCAUUCCUACAUCGCCUACAAAGAAGCUAAAGAAGAGGAGAAGCAGAAGCUGAUGAAGUGGAGCUCAGAGCUGAAGCUGGAGCGUGAGCAGCUGGAGCAGAGAGUCAAACAGCUCAGCAGCUCCAUAACGAAGUGCAUGGAGACCAAAAACACCAUCCUGGCUCGGCAGAAGGAGAUGCAGCUUUCCCUGGACAAAGUCAAACAUCUGGUUCGCCUCAUCCAAGCCUUCAACUUCAACCAGGCCCUGGCAGAGACGGAGGGGAAGGACGUUCGGGUGCAGGACGGCGCUCCGGCUGUGCUCGGCUCCCGGGCCGCGGCGGAAGUUAGCUCGGUGGAGAAGCAACUGGUGAGCGUCUCUUUGGUCAGCAGCAAACAGGAGGAGCAGCAGACGGGAGGAGGAGGAGGAGGAGACGCCAACAGCACAGUCGUGACUAGCUGCCCCGGGGCCGGCGGUGCGCUGGGGCCUCACACAGAGACCGCUCCUCGUGUGGAGCCUCACCCCAAGCCUGAGACUGAGGCAGCUCCUGUGGUUCCUGCAGCCGUCGCCACCACCAACGGUACGACGGAGCCGCCGUGCCCCGCCCACAGCCCCGCCGCCACCGCCGCCGCCGCCGAGAACAAGAUGGCUGCCGUGAACCCCGCGGAGACGCCGGCGUCAGCGGCGGCGGCGGAGAAGAAACCGGAGGAGCUCAGCAGCGACGGCGGCAGCAACAACAGCAAAACCUCAGAACCCUCCCAGCAUUCUUUGCCAGCUCUGCUCAGCAGUUUGGACGAUAAAAAGUAACGCUGCGUCUCCGUUGGCUGCAGGAAGUCAAACAUAUAUAUUAAGAAAAAAAAAAAAGAAAGGAGAGAGAAAAAAAAAAAAGACCUUUUGCUUGCACCACACGGUGCCCUGAAGUUGCCAAUCUGUAUAAAUGUUGUUUGUUUGCAUUGUAUCGUCAGACUGUGUCAAUGGUAGAUGUACAGCCCAAGUCACGUGACUCUGGGAAGACCCGGGUCAUCAUGCCAAUUAGUGAUAGACGUCACCGUGGGAACGCUCACAGGAGGAUUCUCUUCAUCAUCACACCGGUGUGUGCCUGUUACAGUGGCCCCUGCGUUCGGUUCAUGGCUCUGAGGAGAACAUGGAGCCCAACAUCUGUCUGGAGGCGGGGGGGUGGGGUGGGGUGGGGUGGGGUGGGGGGGGUGACUGGUCCAAGAAGCAGUGUUGUAAACAUUUGUGUACUGAAAAGGGAACCUGUUCGUGUCCUCGCCCCGUUGCACCUGAAUGGGAACAACGUUUCACAGUCCGACUUCGCCACCGCUCCCCCCGCCGGACGCCGAGCCGUUUUUUUUAAUCCGUUCUGACCCGAAGCCCAUCAGAACCGGCCUCGUCCGACUCGAAGGCUUCAGUUUGACUCAAACUGUCAUCUGAGGUGUGAAACCCUGAUAAAAAAAAACAA